AUGAUGCAACACUCGCACAGACGUGCAAAAAAGCAAAAUGGAGCAGCACUGCGAACAAACAGUCUGGGCUCCGGCACGCGGACGCCACCGCUCGAGAGGAAGAGCAAGUUUUCAGCGUUCGGUAGACUCUUCAAGCCGUGGAAGUGGAAACGGAAAAAGAAAUCAGACAAAUUUGAGGCCGCGUCAAGGUCUCUCGAAAGGAAAAUCUCUGUUCGCGCAAACAGAGAUGAGCUUGUACAAAAAGGAAUAUUACUGCCCGAAAGCCCCUCGUCGCCCAUUUCCGAAAACAGUCCAUCAGGCGACACGCCACUUUCCCAAAAGCCCCCGACGCCUCAGCAGCAGCAAGCUCAUCACCACCACCAGCUGCAGCAACAGCUCGCCCAGCAGCUGCAGCAACAGCACCAACAUCAGCAAUCCGGCGGUGGGGGUAUGCCCGCGGCAACGCCAACAUCGCAGCAACAAUUAUCGUUUCAGCAAACGCAACAACAAUCGCAGCACCAGCAGCAGUCGCAGCAACAGCAGCCAUCGUCGGCAACGCCGACACCUACCAGUGCCAACCCACCGGGUAGCAAUCGAAGCUCGCCCCAUCCGUCGCCCCUUUACCCGGGGAUGCCCCAGCUGAAUCAGAGCAACGGUAACUCUCAAGAAGUAAAUGUUAAACAGUUUUUACAUGUCUUUAAAAAAAUGGCCCACAAACUAAAUGGCUCUAUCAUGGACAUCACUGAUCUUGCUCUUGGGAAAAUAAGAAUGGCAGGUUAG